AUGAAGUUCACAACCAUCGUCACCGCUGCUGUCUCCUCAGCCGUUGCCGUCUCCGGCACUCCCAUCCACAAGCGCGAGAUUGGCGGCGUCCUCUUGUGCACCGGCGCCAACGCAACUGGCACCUGCAACUACGGCGUCUACGCGCUCGAGACGUGCCACCAGCUUCCCGCGCCUUUCCACCAAAACACCAGCACGUUUGCUCCCGACGGCGAGGACUUUGAGUGCUUCCCUCGCAUUGGCAACUGCGGCUCUAUUUGCACCAGCCCGACGGGGUGUACCUUUGGCAGCGUCGACUUUAACUACAAGAACAAGUUCAAUCUGGGGGCCAUUCAGUGGAACAUCUUGAUCUCCAGCUUUGACUGUUCGCUGAAGAAGACGACAACUUCAACCGAAUAA